AAUUUAGAGGGUUUAGAAUUUUGUUGAUCCCGGCUGAGAUUUUAUAUUUUCAUCGCCAUCUUCUCGGGUCCAGACUCCAGACUCCCUCUCGAAUACCCUAGCUAGCACUCUCGCUCUCAAUGGCAAAAUCUAUCACCGAAGAUGAAGCUUCUCCUUCUCCAGAUGUGAGUUCCAUGGAUCCUCUCGAAGUAGCUGCGGGCUCUCUCAAAGAAGAAGAUGUGGAUUCUUUCAAAGAUUGUGUGGCUUUUGUCAAAGAUUAUGUGGAAUAUAUUAGAGGAUAUGUGGCUUCUUUCAAAGAAGAGGUGGCUUAUGUCAAAGAAUAUGUGGAUUCUUUCAAAGAAUAUGUGGACUCUGUCAAAGGCGAUCUGCGUUUUAUCAAAGAAGAGGUGGCUUCUAUCAAAGCAACUGUGAAAUCAACAAUUGAUUUGUUGCCGACCAAGAAGGAUUUACCUGCUUUUUCGACCUCAUUCAAAAAACGUGAUGAAGGUGAAGAGCCUGCCAAGAAAAAGGCUAAAGCAGACACCAAUACUCCUAACAUAGAGAGCAGUAGUAAUGUUUCUAGCAAGGAAUCUGCUGUAGUAACCCCAGAACUAAUAUUUCGUCCUGGCACUGCUGAACCUCAUCCUCUUGAAAAGACUGCUAAGGUAGGCGAGAGAGUCGUAUUCAAGCCAGAAACUGGGGCGAGAUAUGAUAGUGGCACGAUUUUCGUAAAGGGAUAUGAUUCUUCGCUUUCUGAGGAUGAUAUCGCGAGAGCAAUGCUUGAGCAUUUCAGUCCAUGUGGAAUGGUCAGAAGAAUAUACUUUUACACAGAUGGAACCUCAGCUAUCUUGAGACAUGUUUUCAUUGAAAUGUUACAAGGCACAGAGGCCGCUUUAAAACUUAAUGGAAGUGACCUGGGAGGAUGCAAACUUGAAGUUCAUGAUGCGAAAAAGAGAGAGGAAUACUAUGGCCUUCGUGAUGUGAAUAUUCCUUAUAUCCCGGUUCGUCGUAAUCAGCAUGUGGAUCCAAGAAUGUACGCAAGCGCAAGAGAAUGCCCUCCUGUGUAUGGCAUUGUCAGUUCUAGCAAGAUGAACAAGUCAUAGAGACCAGCUGCAGCUACUGCUGAUGUGACUUGUUUCUCGACCAGCUCACAUUUAAAAUUUUAAUAAUAUUAUGUCUGUGUUUAUAUCUAUUUAUAUAAGAAUAGUGGCCUAAUGAUAAUGUUAUGAAACUGCGUUCAUGUAUUUCACUAUUUGGUUUAGCUACUUUAGCCUUAGGACAACCUUUGUAAGCUUGGAUAUAUAGAUCCUGAGAGAUGUUCAAUCCUAAGAUUGAGACCUUUAUAUGGGGUUUCUUGCA